CUCACGUCAGCACCUUGCGGAAAUACCGCUGAGAGAGAGCAGGUCAAUCGGAACCAGUACUCGAGAUGUUUUCAUCCUAGAAAAGAGAGCUUCAAAUCCAAAUUAACGCUCUGUUAUCUAGUUACGCCACUAACUGAGUUAGUGCACUUGUUCUCCCAUCCGGUGCCGGUUCCGGUUAAUAGGCGCAACAGAAAAAGAGGGACAAAAUGUCCCUCUUCCAGUCAGCGCUCGAUUUCCUGGCCGGGCCCGGCGGAUCCGCCGCCGCCAGCCGGGAUCAGAACGACUUCGUCGGUCAGGUGGUGGAGCUCGGAGAUCUGAAGCUCCGGAUCAAACGAGUCAUCGCGGAAGGUGGCUUUGCGUUUGUGUAUGAAGCCCAGGAUUUGGGCAGCAGUAAGGACUAUGCGCUCAAGGCGCAACAGAAAAAGAGGGACAAAAUGUCCCUCUUCCAGUCAGCGCUCGAUUUCCUGGCCGGGCCCGGCGGAUCCGCCGCCGCCAGCCGGGAUCAGAACGACUUCGUCGGUCAGGUGGUGGAGCUCGGAGAUCUGAAGCUCCGGAUCAAACGAGUCAUCGCGGAAGGUGGCUUUGCGUUUGUGUAUGAAGCCCAGGAUUUGGGCAGCAGUAAGGACUAUGCGCUCAAGUUACACAUUCCACUCUCUCCUUCUGACUUUCUGGCAUUGGCGUCGGUUUCCUGUGUUCACAUUGACCUCCGCCCUCUAUUUCCUGCAGGCCAGCUGGUUGAUUUAGUGAAGAAGGUGGAGCAGAGAGGACCCAUGUCAUGUGACACAUUGCUGAAGAUCUUUUACCAGUCAUGUCGUGCUGUGCAGCACAUGCACAAACAGUCUCCACCAGUCAUCCACCGCGACCUGAAGAUUGAGAAUUUAUUGAUCAGUCAUCAGGGCACUAUAAAGCUGUGUGACUUUGGCAGCGCCACCAUCGUGGCACAUUACCCAGACUACAGCUGGUCUGCUCACAAGAGAUCUAUGGUGGAAGACGAGAUUACUAGAAACACAACUCCAGCAUACCGGACACCAGAGAUGAUUGACCUCUAUUCCAACUACCCAAUAAAUGAGAAACAAGACAUAUGGGCUCUGGGCUGCAUCCUGUACCUGCUCUGUUUUAAGCAGCACCCAUUUGAAGAGGGAGCCAAACUCCAGAUAGUAAACGGCAAAUACAACAUUCCUCAGAAUGACACCAAGUACACAGUCUUUCACCAGCUCAUCCGAUCAAUGUUGAAAAUCAACCCAGAUGAGCGACUCUCAAUCAACGAGCUUGUUAGCCAACUGCAGGAGAUCGCUGCAGCCAGGAACUUCAACCCAAAAUCACCCAUUACUGAGCUCCUGGAGCAGAACGGAGGGUUCGGGAACAACAGCGCGCCGCUUCCCUCGCAGAUCAACAACAUAAACAAUGCUGGUGUGUAUGACACAGACCCGGCCAUGGGUGGAGGCUUCCUGGAUAUUCUUAAAGGAGGAACCGAAAGAUUCCUCACCAACAUCAAAGACACUUCCUCCAAAGUCAUCCAGUCGGUGGCCAGCUCCAGUUAUGCUAAAGGAGACCUGGACCUGUCCUACAUCACCUCCAGAGUAGCAGUCAUGUCUUUCCCAGCUGAAGGUGUUGAAUCUGCCAUUAAGAAUAACAUUGAGGAUGUGCGUCUGUUCCUGGAUUCUCGACACGCGGGUCAUUAUGCAGUAUACAACCUCUCCAAACGCUCCUACAGACCGGCCAGGUUUCACAACAGGGUAUCAGAGUGCGGUUGGCAACCUCGACGAGCUCCUACACUGAAGAACUUGUACAGUAUUUGUAAAAACAUGCACCAGUGGCUCAAACAGGACCAGAGGAACAUCUGCAUCGUACAUUGUCUGGAUGGACGGGCAGCGUCGGCUGUGGUGGUUUGUGCGUUCCUCUGUUUCUGUCAUCUGUUCUCUACAGCUGAGGCCGCAGUUUACAUGUUCAGCAUGAAGCGAUGCCCACCGGGCAUCUCGCCCUCACACAAACGGUAUAUUGAGUACAUGUGUGAUAUGAUGGCAGAAGAGCCCAUAAUUCCCCACAGCAAGCCUAUAACCAUCCGCUCUGUGGCCAUGACUCCCGUACCGCUCUUUAAUAAGCAGAGAAAUGGCUGUCGGCCGUUCUGUGAGGUUUACGUCGGUGACGAGCGCGUCGCAACCACUUCACAGGAAUAUGACAGAAUGAAGGAUUUUAAGACGGAGGACGGGCGAGCGGAGAUUCCUCUGAAUAUAACUGUGCAGGGAGACGUGCUGAUAGUGAUAUAUCACGCACGCUCUACGCUGGGUGGACGUCUGCAGGCCAAAAUGGCUUCCAUGAAGAUGUUUCAGAUUCAGUUCCAUACUGGGUUUGUGCCCAGAAAUGCCUCCACCGUCAAAUUUGCCAAGUAUGAUCUCGAUGCUUGCGACAUCCAGGAGAAAUACCCCGACCUCUUCCAGGUGCAUGUAAAUGUGGAGGUGGAGCCUCAGGAUCGCCCUAGCAACAAGACUCCGCCUUGGGAAAACUUUGCCACAAAAGGACUCAAUCCCAAGAUCCUUUUCUCCAGCCGAGAUGAACAGCAAGAGAUCCUGACAAAAUUUGGUAAACCAGAGCUUCCACGUCAGCCUGGUUCCACAGCCUGUUACACCUCUGAACCGGCCCAGCCUGAAGGGCCACAGACCGACCCGGAUUCCCCUUCUCCUCAAAGCACUGACACCAAUGCCAACUUCUUCCAGACGCUUGACUGGGAAGAUGGCAGUCGGCAGUUCGAUUGUUCUGACUGCCAAUUGGAGGACCAGGAUGAUUUGAGUGGCGGCUCGGAAGAGGAAUCAGUGUCUUACUCCGCCCCCAUUGACGGGACUCUGUCACGUGACACUAGUGAACCACUCUUCGAGGCAGACUUCACAACCACACCACCUGACCCUCAGCCCGACACAGAGGACCUGCUCGGCCUGAACUCUGACCCUGGUCCUCCAGCCUCCAGCACUCAGCCGUGCGUUGCUAAUGAGACGGGUUUAAAAAGUUCUGCCAGUAACAGCGAUUUACUGAACGACCUGUUUGCCCCUCCACCCAAUGCUGUGCCUUCAGCUAAUGCAGAGGACUUCAUAGGAGAAAGUACAGGAGAAGAUCUCUUCUUCUCCAACACAUCCAGCCAACCGGCAUCAACCGCUAAUAAAGACUUCUUUGACCCCUUCGGUGUGGGGUCAGCGUCUUCAGGCUCCGAUCUGUUUGGUGACCUCCUGGGGUCAGACAGUGCGAGUAGCGGCUUCAAAGCUCCAGCUCCUGCAUCCAACUCCAGCCUCUUCAACCUCAAUAAGUUAGCAAGCGAGACUCCUAAGAUGACAUCGUCAGCGAGUCAGCCUGAUCUGUUAAGUGGCUGGGAAAAAUGGACCACAGGAGGAACCAGCACGACUAUUAAUGUGACCACUGCUGCCAGCAAACCCACUAUGAGUGCCUCAGGAGUCUCAUCUUUCUCCAAGGCCAAAUCUCAAAGCUUUGACCCCUUCGCAGACCUGGGCAACCUGGCCUCAACACUACCUGGUUCGUCCAGUGCUGGUUUCUCUGGCUCAGAUUUUAAAACAGCGCCCUCUGCAGGAAUCCCUAAAAACUCAGGUCAGCAGUGGCAGCAGACUCCUCGGCCCUCCUCUGGCCCAAGCAAACCCUGGAUGCCUCCAAACUCAGCGCCUAGACCCUCCAAACCUGCUACCCAACCGGCUAAACCAAACUACAACCCUAGUUUCAGUGUGAUCGGUGGACGAGAAGAGAGGGGGAUCCGUGGGCCAGGCUUUGGUCCAAAGCCCAAAGUGAAAGGAGAUGACUUUGAGGAUCUAUUAUCAACACAGGGUUUUGGCUCCAAACCCGACAAGAAGAUGCCCAGAACUAUUGCUGAGAUGAGGAAGCAGGAGCUGUCUAAAGACAUGGACCCUCUCAAACUUCAGAUCUUAGAUUGGAUCGAGGGGAAGGAGAGGAACAUCAGAGCGCUGCUCUCCACGUUGCACAUGGUCCUGUGGGAGGGAGAGACCCGCUGGAAGCCCGUCAACAUGGCAGAUCUGGUCACACCUGAUCAGGUGAAGAAGGUCUACAGGAAGGCUGUGCUUGUUGUGCACCCAGACAAGGCUACAGGUCAGCCGUAUGAGCAGUACGCUAAAAUGAUCUUCAUGGAGCUGAGCGAUGCCUGGUCUGAGUUUGAGAACCAAGGAGCCAAAGCCCUGUUCUGAGCGUGCUCAGUGAGCAUCUGCCAGGAGCGGCGGGCCCCCUACAGGCAGCCUGAGGCUUGAGGAACAGUCUAAUCUCUUCCUGAACUCUGGAGUGAAACCUGUGGCGCUGGAUCUCUCAUCCUUCAAAAGGGGAACAUGCUAGCAUCCUUUUGGCAUUUGUAGAUGAUUAAAAACCAUGCGCGCACACACAAACACCUGAAAAUACAGUCUGUGUCUUGCACUUCAAAAGAGCUCCAAAACAGAUGGUUUCUGGGAUGAAGACGAAAUGACUAUCGCUGAACUUUUUCCAUGUCAUUCUAUGCAUCACACUAUUGUUUUCACUUUUUGUUUUUCAAUCAGUGUGGCUUGUCACUUACUGAUGUAAAUAAUCACUCGACUGUGUGUGUGUGUGUGUUUGAGGGUGGAUCAUGUUCAUAUGAAGCUAAAGCAGAGGUUUUGACUUCUGUGCUCCACGACGUGAAGGCUUCAGUUUUGUCAUGUUUUCACUGAUCUCUAGUGUUAAUUCUCUCCAGGCACCUCGUGGGAAGGUGUGUUUGUGUAUUUGUGGGUUCAGGGCUCAAUUUCUGCUGUCCAAAGGGUAUUUCAGUGACCGAAAACAAACUUAAC